GCGGUGCCAUCCAAACCUCUCCAAAAACCGAACCAGAACCUUCGCUUUUACGCACGGCUGCUCGGAGCGAUGGAGUGCGUAAAAUCGACCCGGACUGUGGUUCAACUUUGACCGGGGGAAAGCGCGUUCAGACUCGGCUUCUUGUGUCGCAUCCUUUGUCUCCUGCUCCGAGGGAUGGUGUCAGCCCCGGACAACAGUGCGAAGCGGUGACAUCUCCGUGUGACGCGAACCUGAAGCGGAUCUGCAGCGGAGUUUUGUGGAUGUUUUUGCUGUGAGCGCGUCUUUGGAUACGUGCAGCGGGGAUUACCUACAUGCUCGCGGCAUAUUUACGCAGGUGAUGUUUCCUCACUUCGCUCAACUAGAACCGCUGAGCUAACAUCUCAACAUUCACGAGUUAGCCUCCAGAUCGCACUUCCUUCUCCUUCUCUCAUCUCCGAGCAUCACGUCGCCAUGGGAACCGUCCUGUCCAUCUCCCCGGGCUCUCGCAAAUCCGGCUACUACGACACGGGCCCCGGCUCCCUCAACCACUACCCCAGCCUGACCAACCGGCCCCUCGCCAAAGACAAGCGAAGCCAGUCCAUCUUCCUCCCCGCGCUCACCUGGAAGCGCAUCGUAGCCUCCACCAAGAAGAAAAGCAACGCCAAGAAACCUUUCGCCGACCACCUCAACAACAACAACAUCAACUUCUACCACAAAGACCCCGUUUUGAACCUGAACCGCGAAAACGUCAAGAAAUCGUUAUCGUGCGCCAACCUCUCCAGCUACGAAGCCUACAACAUCGGGAUCGGGUACAGCAAGUCGCAACAGCUCUCGUCGGUCAAAAAGGUGCCGCAGGGGGCGCUCACAUCGUCCCCGAAGAGAGUCAUAGUGCAGGCGUCGACCAGCGAGCUUUUACGAUGUUUGGGCGAGUUUUUGUGCUACCGCUGCUACCGUUUAAAACAUCUCAGCCCGGCCGAUCCCGUGCUUUGGUUGAGGGCGGUCGAUCGGUCGUUAUUGCUCCAAGGCUGGCAGGAUCAGGCUUUCGUAACCCCCGCCAACGUCGUUUUUGUUUACAUGCUCUGCCGAGAUGUCGUGGACGGAGAUCUGAUUUCGUCCGAGCACGAGCUUCAAGCGAUCCUGCUCACCUGCCUGUACCUGUCGUACUCGUACAUGGGGAACGAGAUCUCGUACCCGCUGAAGCCGUUUCUGGUGGAGGCGGGGAAGGAGGCGUUUUGGGACCGUUGCCUAGCGAUUAUCAACGUGACCAGCUCCAAAAUGCUGAGGAUAAACGCCGACCCGCACUUUUUCACGCAGGUUUUCGCGGAACUGAAAAGCGAAGGGGGGUGUCUGCCCCAGGACUUUAGUCGCAUGUUGGAUCGGUGAGAACUAAACCGGGAUUUGAAAGUUUUACAAGAGACUUCAUGCCAAAUGAUCACAAAACCGCGUUCAGUUUCAGUGUAUUUUUGUACAGCUCAAAAUCACAACAGCAGUCGCCUCACAAAAUGGGUGAUUUGAUGGAAGAAAGUUCGAAAAUCAAACCGUGAAAAAGUUUGUGAAGUACAGACAAGCUGAUUAACCAACUUUCAUGUACCUUUAGGGCUGGGUGAUACGGCACUGCUCUUUCCAUUGACCCUGUUUUAUGAGUUUCCUGUUAUUUACCCCAUUUUUAGGACCGUAAAAAGAUAGAAUAUUUAGAUCUGAAUUGCUUUGCAUCAGUCCUACAGCAAAUUUGCCGUAAAACAACUUAACACUCAAAUUUUUGCCAACUAUUCCCCCAAAUUUUUAGGAGAAAAAUUAAGGGAAUAUUGAGGAACUGCAUCGAUUUCCAAGUACGAUCAACACGUGAAAACACAACUAAAGAGAUUUAUCAGGUCUAAACCAGGACAAAACCAGGUCUAAACCAGGACUAAACCAGGUCUAAACCAGGACUAAACCAGGUCUAAACCAGGACUAAACCAGGUCUAAACCAGGACUAAACCAGGUCUAAACCAGGACUACAUCAGGUCUAAACCAGGACUAAACCAGGUCUAAACCAGGAGUAAACCAGGUCUAAACUAGGACUACAUCAGGUCUAAACCAGGACUAAACUAAGACUAAACCAGGACUACAUUUGAUUAGGUUCUUUUUCAGACCAAGAGCUUGUACUACUAAUGAACCUCAUUGGACUACAACUUAAAAUAUUUAUAACUUAAAUAAUGCUGUGGUAAAAUGUGUGUAAAUGUGUGUGUAAAUGUCUCCAGCAGCUUCAUAAAUCUGUCCCAUCACCAAAUCUUCACCCAACA